UAUGUAGAAAAAUAAAUAAUGAUUUAAUAAAAUAAUUGAAUUUAUAAUACUGUUUAGUUAUUCUAAUAAUUGUUUUGGGCGGACCCAGAAUUGUGUAAUGGACCCCUAAAUUGAGAAACAAUAAUUGGGCUUUAUACAGUUGGGCCUGAAUACUUUUCAGAAACAUAAUCAUAAUAGAUUUGGGUAGACCAGCAUGCCAGGUGGCAGGUGUUUUUGACUAUGUGAGAUGGUCCGACGAUUCGAAAACAGUAAAUUACCCUUCGUAGCCGUUGCAACAUAUGAAGUCUCAAAAAAACCCUCCCUCGACCUUUUCAAUACCAACAAAGUAGCAGAUUCCUCGAGGACAUUUCCGUCAUCUUACAUCCUCCUCCUCCUCCCUCUGUAGAUUUCACAAUUCGGUGAAAAUUAAAAUAAAAUAAAAAUCAAACACUCGAGUAUUCUCAGCCCUCACUCUCUGUAACGAUUGAGUUCCAAUUUUCUUCUCUGUUCUAAGGGUAAUACAGAAGAAUUGCUGUUAUGGCUUCUUCUUCCGCGAUUCGUGACGCGAAGCCCGAAGAAUUCGGCGGCGGGGAGAGCUCGGAAGCGGCGGCGGCGGCGCCGCCUCCACCGGUGGAAACUGAUCAGAUGUUACUCUACAGAGGUUUGAAGAAAGCGAAGAAGGAGAGAGGAUGCACGGCGAAAGAGAGAAUCAGCAAAAUGCCCCCUUGCACCGCCGGCAAACGCAGCUCCAUUUAUCGAGGCGUCACAAGGCAUCGAUGGACCGGUCGUUAUGAAGCACAUCUUUGGGACAAAAGUACCUGGAAUCAAAACCAAAACAAGAAGGGAAAGCAAGUUUACUUGGGUGCAUAUGAUGAAGAGGAAGCUGCAGCAAGAGCCUAUGAUCUGGCUGCACUUAAAUAUUGGGGUCCUGGAACACUCAUUAAUUUUCCAGUAACAGAUUAUACAAGGGACCUUGAGGAAAUGCAAAAUGUCUCGAGAGAGGAUUAUCUAGCAUCACUCAGGAGGAAGAGUAGUGGUUUCUCAAGGGGUGUCUCCAAAUAUCGACCGCUUUCCAGUAGUCGAUGGGAUUCACAAGUUGGUCGUUUGCCAGGAACUGACUACAUCAACAGUGCACUAUACGGUGCAGGUGAUGACACGGCCACAGUGAGUGAAUACGCAGGUGGUUAUAGUGCCGAGAGGAAGAUUGAUUUGUCAAAUUACAUCAAGUGGUGGGGGACAAAUAAAUCUAGCCAGACUGAUACUCGAUCAAAAGCAUUAGAUGAAACACAUCUGGGGUUUCCUGACGACGUCGACAGUGAACUUAAAGCUCUGGAAUGUUCAACCAAACAAACCGAACCCUAUGAAAUGCCACGCCUGGGCGUGCCUCCAGAAAGAAUGAAACACAAGAAGAUUUCAGCUAUGAGCGUUUUGUCGAAGUCGGCAGCAUACAAAAGUCUUCAGGAGAAAAUCUCGAAAAAUAAAGGGAAGGAAGAGAAUGAUGAGAACGAAAAUAAAAACAAUAUUGACAAAAUUGAGAUGGGGAAGACAGUUGAGAAAUUAUGCCAUGAUGGUGGUGGUGUUGCAUAUGCGAUAAGUGGAGGAUUACCGAUUCAUAGGAAUGUGUACCCGUUGGCUCCGCUUCUGCCUGCUACCAGCUACAAUACUAUUGACCCGUUAGUGGACCCUGUUCUUUGGAGUUCUCUUGUUCAUGCUCUUCCUACUGGAUCUUCACGCGUGAAUGAGGUCAUGAAAAAUGAAUCCACCUCAGAUUAUACUUUCUUCCAGCAAGGAGAGUAAGAUCACAUUUCCCAGAAUCGAGGUACUUAUCGAGGUCUGUUGAUGAAUGAAGUGGAGUUUGUACAUGUAUAAAGCACAGGAAUAUGCUGCCCUGCAUUACUUCAAGAAUCACGAAUGCACGUGCCUUCCAACUUGGAACCCUUCUUUAUAGGGAGGGCUUUUGCGGAUGUUGAAAUUUGACGAGCGUUUGAGGAGCUGUGCGUAAUUUGAAGAUAUAUAAAAUAUAGAUUUUCACUUUUCUUUUGGCCUUUUUAUGGCCCUUUUAUAGACAUACAAAAGUGACUUGUUCAUGGCAGGCACAAAAUACAUAUAGGCAGGGUUGAACAGGUCUUUCGAUUUUCCUCUCCUUAUAAGUUAUAGUGCAAGUUUUCCUCUCUUUUUUUUCGGUUAAUAUUCGUUUUUUCGACUCUAAGUUUUAAGUGUAUUGCUAAUUGCUUUGCUUCACUGUAUAGUUAAUGCUUUGACGAAAAAAAAAGAACUAUUUAUA